CAAAUUCACGCGAUAACGUGACAAUACUAAUUUCUUUAACUCUCCCAUGUUUGUUACAAAAUAUUUUAUCGACUUCAAUAUCUACCUUAUUCUAUGAUACUUGUUAUGAAUGAAGCUAUAGAAAGAUUGGUAUUACUGAUUAUUAUUCAUUUAUUCACACAGAUCCAACAUUUAACCUAGACGCAAAGUAAGAAAUUAUGGCUACGUACUGUUUCACAGGAUGAUUUCGUCAGUGAAAAUGAAUGAUUGUUUAACAUUCAAGUGAAUUAUAAUCAUUUUAAAUACUUUAUUUAUCAUGGAGUUGGGUUUACCUAAUACGUUAUUACCAGGUGAUCCACGAUUAGUAGAUCACAUUGUAGGAGAAGUUAAAUCUCAAGGAAUUUUUGAUCAAUUUCGUAAAGAAUGUAUUGCCGAUGUUGAUACCAAGCCAGCAUAUCAAAAUUUACGUACAAGAGUAGAAGGAUCUGUAAAUUCUUUCCUUAGCAAACAAUCAUGGAAACCAGAUUUAAACAAAAAUCAGUUGAGAGAAACAUUAAGGAAGCACAUACAUGAAGCACCUUAUUUAGAUGCUGGUGUAGAACGCAUAGUAGAUCAAGUAGUAAAUCCAAAAGUAUAUUCUGUCUUCAUGCAUCAGAUUGAAGAUGUAGUAUAUAAAUUUUUAGGAAUAGAAAGACCUAAGGCAAAAGAAAAAAAUGGUUUGUGUGGCCUUAAAGAUUUAUUACCCAAAGAUUUAGAUCCUGUUUCACCAGAGUCUGAUAAAAAUAGUUUAAAAGAUGUAUCUUUGGAGUCUAUGGAUGCAAUGGAAGAUUUAGAAAUAAAAAAAGAUAUAAAAUUUAAUGAACAAAAGUCACUAGACGAAGAAAUCUCCAAUGAAAAAGAUAAAGAUAGUAUAUCUGAGAAUGGACAGGUUUCUUCAGAAGAAAAAGCAUUAGAUGAAAGUGAUAAAAUUUUUAAUAAGACUGGUAGUAUUUUAAAUUUAAAUACAUCUGGAAAAUCAGAUGAUAAAACAGAAGAGGAUGAAGAAGACAGUCCCACUUUUGAACCAAUUGAUAUUAUGAAUCUAAAUGAAUCUAAUAAUUCCAAUGAUUCACAUUUAUCAGGUAUAUCAGAAUUAACUAGCCAUAGAUCUAGAAGUCCUGAUUUUUGUAACGAAUUAUCAAGAGACAACUUUGAUUAUAGUAAUCAAGAUUCACAACUAAGCAAAGUUUCUUCUGAUUCUCGAUUAUCUAUUGUAACUGACUUUGGAUCUUCUAAUCAUGCAUCAACUCCAAUACAUGAUCCAUUGAAAGAUGAAGUCAAUAAAGAUAGGUAUGAUGUUAAAAAUAUUAAAGACAAUUUUAAAGCUAUCAGAGAAUAUGAAUCCAGUAAAAAUAGAAGUAAUAAAAAUAUUUUUGAAUUAAAUAAGAAUAAGGAUGUACAAGAUGUUAAAGAUUCUAAAACUAUUAAAAACAAUUUAUCCUCUAAAGAAAAUUCUCGUGAUGCUACAGAUAGCAGUAUAAAAGAUAGAUAUGAAUAUAAAAAUAAUAAAGAUAAAAGCAGAGACCAUGAAUCUAAAUCAAAAUCAAAAGAUAAAAAUCAUGUAAAAGAUGGGAAGCAUCAUAGAGAUAGAAGUAGUGACAAAAAAAAAGAAAGAAGUCAUAGCAGUUCAAAGUAUGACAAAUAUGAUAAAAAUAAACCUAAAGAUAAAAACGAUCAACCAAAAGAAACUAUAGAUAAAAUUAAAGAUACGGAAAAGGAUAACUACAAUAAAACAAAGGAAGAUAAAAUAAGAGAGACAGACAAGAAAGAUAAUAUUAGUAAAGAAGGAAAAGAUCUAAAAGAUCUUUACAAAGAAAAAAUUAGGGAGCUUAGAGAAAAGAAAGAAUUAACAGAAAAAGAAAAAUUAAAUAAAGACAACAAAGAAUCAAAAUCAAAUAAAGAAAAUAAAGACAAAAAGGAUUCUCCAAAAGAUAAAAAGUUGUAUAAAAAAGAUCAUAAAACUUUCUCCAAAAAUUCUUCAUCAAGUUCUCAUGAAGUGAAAACUAUUAAAGCAUCUGAAAAAGUUAUUGAUGGGAAAGAAAAAAGAAAUGAAUCAAAGGACAGAGAUAAGAAUAAACGAGAUGAAAGACGUACUUCUAAAGAUCAUAUGAAGUCUAAAAAUCAUAUCAGUAUGAAAUCAGACCCACCAGAAAAAUUAGAUAAACAGGAUGUAAAGAAAUUUAUAAAAAGUGAAAAAGAAGAAAAGAUUGAUAAACCUGAAAUAAGAAAAGAUGUUAAGUCAAAUAAUGAAAAGAUAAAUGGUAAAAAGGACGCUAAAAAUCAUACGCAAAGUAAAAGUUCAACACGAAACGAGAAAUUAGAUAGCAAGAAAGAUAAUAAAAGUGAUUCCCAACAUAAAGACAAAAGGCGAAGAGAAGAGAAAAAGUCCAAGUCAAAAGAUGACCAUUCUAGUUUAAGAAGGAAUUCUAAUGAUCGACGUUCUACAGAUAGAGAUGGUUCAAAUGGGUCAAGUAGCAAAAGUUCACAGUCUAGUAAUUCCGGAUCUAACAUUGCAAAUAAUAAGUCAAACACAUCAACUUUUUCUAAAGAAACAAAUCAUAUGAGUAAUUCAGGCAGUGAAACAUCAGACAAUGUUGAAGAAUCACAUCCAAGUGAUCUAAAGUUAUCAUUUGAACAACAAAGUUAUAAAUUGGAUAAAACAACAGAAUUACAUACAGAAUAUAAAACUGACAACACUAAUAAUCAUGAAAUACAUAUUAAACAAGAAUUAGAAUUUAAUGACAUUAACCUGCCUCUAAAAAAACGAGCAUUGCUAGAAGAAGACUAUAGCAUUUCAGGAGAAAUGAAAGUAAAAAAACCAAAAUUUGCAAAAAAUAUACAUGAAGCUAAAAAAUUAAUGAAAAUUAGGAAACAAAUAGAGAAACAGAAGCUUAAAGAAAAUAAAAAAUUAGAGAAGAAACUUAGUGAAAAAAUAGAACAACCAAUUCAAACAAAUACCAUAAAUAAUGAUAAUGUUGAAAGUAUGCCAGAUGAAGAACGUGUUCAAAUAAUAGAAAUACCAGAUGAAGAAUAUGAAGAGCCAUAUCCUGAGAAAUAUACUAAUUUAACAUUAGAAGAAAGAUCAAUAAUGAUGUUACAAACUGAAGCUGGUGCAAAAGAUUUGUUGGAGACACAUUCUAAUCUAAAAUUGAAAUUGUCAGACAUGGAACUGUGUAUAAAAAAAUCAUUAAGUGAAACACUUCCCAAUAAAAUAGAAAAGGAAUCUAUCCAACCACUGAGUUCAAAUAUUCAAAAAACAUUGUUUAGUAAGAAAGGAGUUGAAAAUUCACAAAACAAAGAAUUGUCUUCUAGCAUAGAAGAAGCAGACAACAAUAUGAUAAAGGCAGAAGAAAUAGAUCAUUCUGUAGACAUAUAUUCUAAAAAGGAAAUGCAACAAGAAACCAGUGUAUCUAAAAUAAAAAUACAUGUAGUACCUCAAGAACCAAGCCAUUUUAGUAUUGAUAGUAAUAAAAAAGAUGUAAGCGAGAAAAAAGAGCAAUUACAAUUAAGUAAUAUAAAUACACAUAACAUGACUUGUUCAAACAAUAAUAAAAGUAUAGAGAUACCUACAACAUCAAAAUUUAGAGAUCAAGAUGUUUCUCAGGAUGCUCAAAAUAGUAGUCUUUCUAAUGUAAAUAGCUGUAUAAUUAAUAGAGAUUGCAUUAUAAAAUCUAAAGAGCAACCAGAGGCAAUAGAAUCAACAUCAAUGGAAACUGAAGAUAACGAAGAUUGUCGUUACUUCAAAGCAGAUAAUGAAAAAUCAGAAAAAUUUUCUAGUUUCUUAGAAUCAUUGGAAUUGAUAGAAAACAGUUCUUUAGAAGACAUAAUAGAGAGUUUAGGAGGUCAAGUUGUAUCUUCAGUGCCAAAAGCUAUGGCACCACCUUUGCCAAAACGCAAACAUUCGUCUAGCCCAUUAACAGAUAUAUUAUUAAAUAAUUCAAAUAAUAAUAACGAUAGUCAAAAAGGACUGAGUCUACCUAAUGAAGAAGCAUUAAGUAAUAUAAAAAAGAGAAAACUGGUACCUAAGAAGCAAAGGCUUCAACCAAACAUAUGUGCUCCACAAGGACUUUUAAAUGGGGAAAAUUUUGUUAUGCCUUUAAGUCCAGAAAGUGAUGUAUCUGCAACAAGUGAAAAAAUACCCUCUUCAAAUCUGAUUAAAGAAGACAAAGGGUCUCUAUUUAUGAAAAAAACAAGUUACCUAGAAGCUAUUGAGAUAUCAAAUACCAACAAAUUAUAUAUAACAUACAAUCCGGCAUAGAAGCAGUCAACGUUAUUCAAGUGAUGACUUAUACAAACCACGUCCAUUAUUUUCAAGUUCUUCUCGUAGAAGUAGGAGAUCUAAUCAGGUAUAGCUAGUAGUUCAUAGUCUCAGAUGUUGAAUUGUUUUACUUUAUAUAAACAGAAAUCCUAACUGUUUUCUAAUUCUAGUAACACACCCUAUAUUAUAUUUCAAUCAAAUAUUUUUAAACUUUAAUUAAUGUGAGAUACUGAUGUGACCAAGGAAAAAUUUUGUGAACUAUUAUACUUAUAAUAUAUGUAAAAUUUAUUCUAAAAAUUUAGUCAUAUCUUUUAUGCAAGACAUUUAAGUCAAUGUAUUUAAUGUUUCUUUAAGUAUGUAUUA